GGUAUCCAUUUAAGACGUCUUUUAAUUGGGGCAAACGCUUGUAACGUUGUUUCGUAGUAUCUGUACUUUUCAGUUACCUUGAUUUACUGUUUCCGAUGUGUUCAAAAAUGCGUGAAGUCGGCUCGCUGCGUUUACUGGUAAUUAAGGGAAAAAAUGCGAACCGCCACAUCUUUACUUCGUGUGUGGUUCUCUUUCUUGCGUGCUUUGGCACAACCUCAUCUGUGGAAUGUCCUGAUAAAUGUGGCUGCACAACAACCACAGUAGAAUGCGUUAGUCAGAACUUAAUAUCGAUUCCCCAACCUCUUACUCUGAACAUUACGACACUUUUGCUCAAUGGAAACAAUAUUUUCAGUCUAUCUGAGGAGUCUUUCCCCGUUCGCCUUGAACAGCUGACAAACCUGUAUCUUUCUGGAAACCGAAUAGAGCAAGUGGACCCUGGGGUGUUUAACAACUUGCCAAGUCUCCAUUUACUUGAUCUGAGUAACAAUAAAAUCCUGAAUUUUAGUCCUGAUGCCUUUCCUGAUCACAGUAUGCUUCAGGUCUUAAACCUUAGUAGAUCUUUGUACAAUGCCUCUUAUGUUGAUGUUGUUUCAGACCUUUUAAACAAAAGUGUUCCUGAACUUUCCCAUCUUAUAUUGUCCAACAAUGGCCUGUUGUUCCUUCCAGAUAGCAUAUUUAACAGCUUGUUAAACCUCACCACUGUGGAUUUGAGGAAUAACUCAAUAGUUUUGAUUAAGAGUGGUACAUUCAGGAGUCGAGCACUAAAUUAUUUGGACCUGCGGGACAAUGCUCUAAAAAGGCUGCUCAAUGGAACUUUAGCAGACUUUGACCAAAUACCUGGUCUUCGGCUGUACCUUGCAGGAAACCCAUGGCAUUGCGACUGUAACCUUGGAGACAUGGUGAUAUGGUUGCAAAGAUCUGACCUGGUUGCGGACAAAAUGAACUUGACGUGUGCUGAGCCUACAGAACUAAGAAACACCCAGCUCUUGAAGCUGAAAGAUGAAGAGCUGCAGUGUAUUUAUUCCAGAGACAUGAAGAGUGUUUUGGAGACCUCAUAUGUCUUUCUGGGUAUGGUGUUGGCCCUCAUUGGGGUUAUAUUUCUGCUAGUCCUUUACCUCAACAGAAAGGGCAUUAAGAGAUGGAUGUAUAAUAUACGUGACGCAUGCAGGGACCACAUGGAGGGCUACCAUUACAGGUAUGAGAUCAAUUCGGAUCCACGUCUGGCCAACCUCAGCCUCAACUCAGAUGUGUAAUGAGAUGCGGGGGUUGAUUGGAAAUGAGAAAAGUGACUUGCACAAUGACUCAGCUCUAGAUUUGCGUACUUUCUACAAGCUUGUGCCCCAGUAUGCAGUGUGCCAUGCCACAUAAGAGAUUAACUGGCUUCUGCUUGUGUGGACCAGUCAUGCAUGCCUCCCGCUGUCUUAUGUCUGCUGAUGUGUUCUGACAUGUUUAGAUGUUUUGCAAUGCUGCAUGAAUCAAAAACGUUAUAGAGGUUUCAGUCCUUCUCCAUAAGGUAUUUUGGGACAGUGAGGAAUGUGAUGCAAGUAGCUCUAAUUCUGACAACUGCAAGACAACUGAAAUGAACAAUUAUACAUGGCAUAUACUUGCUACUGCUUUGCUUUUUACUCUCUUAAAAUUUACAAAAUGUUAUCAUGAUUGCAUUUUGUUUUUGUACUUUUUCAAUAGUCAUAAUAUUCAAACAUCCACAUUUAUAAGAGUAGCCCAUUUUUGAAUUCACUUUUUUUUUUUUUUCCAUGGAUCAGCUUUUCUUAUGAAUAGAUUCUGUUGGAUGAAAAGGUUCUGCAUUGAUCCCUUUCUUCACUCCAGCGCUUUGAACUCCAAGCCUCCCGAACAGAACAGGGAUUUGGCAUGAAUACAGAUGUACACACAAAUACACGUACACUCAAACAUUCCAAUGUCAUUCCUGUGUCAUAUGUUAGAAUAUUAUAGACAUCUAUGGGAAUGUGUUUUUUUUUGUUUUGUUUUAAAAAUCAUAUUUAAAGAUCACCCUUGUACAGUAUACAGUACACUGUAUAGUAUAUAUUAUAGCAGUAUAUUCUAAUAGCAAGUUCCAAUGUGACUGCAGAUAAAAGACCUAUAAUUUUGUAAGACAUGAUAUCAGAAUAAACAUUGGACAUUAAUAGAAUAGUUAGAUACAAUGGAACUAGAGCUCUUUCCUGAAAUAGACUUAAUAACUGGUAUUUACUGGCUUUUCAUUUCAAACUACUGCACAUACUUUCAGCACCAUUUCAAAGCAUUCCAGGUCCAGAAGUGGAUUUUGGUUAGGGUUUUAUAUAUGAACAGGUAUUACGGAAACAGUACUCUAGGGCUUUGAUCAUGCACAUGAGGGCAAAAAUGUUCCUCUUAUUUCCACUGUAUUCAAUUCCUUUACAAUUGGAUGCUUUUUUGCCAUCAGUUCCAAACACAUUUUUCUGAACAAAUGUAUCACUUGCAGUGCUUUUAUUCCAUGUUUUUUUCAGGUAUUGAAGCAGUAAUUUGAAAGUAGUAGAAUAAAAAUCAAUAAUUUAUUGUACUCAAAUCUGUCUAUUUCUAGAUAUUUACUUUUUAAUUGUAAAUAUAAAUGAGCAUGGAAAUGUAAAAUAUUCAAUCCAGUAAUUUUAUUUUAGGCAUUACCACACUAGUUCUAAAAUGUCUUUGCAAAUUAUAGGCUCUUAAUAGAAUACUAAAACUUCUGUAGGCUAAAAAAAAAAACAGCUACAUGCUUGGACAGAACAAAGGUAGCACAAACUUACUUUUGUGUAAUUUGGUAGUACACAAAAUCCUUUAUAUUCAUCAUGUAGGAACACUGAGGAUACACUGAAAUAACACUUUCUUUUCAGUUCUUUCAAACAGAAUUCAUGUACUGUAUAGCUUACAUGGGAAGUAAAAAUGGGCAUGUGUUUCAUAUUAUAAAUGUAUGGAAAAGAGAAUAAAAAGAGGGAUAUAAAUUCAAUGUGCUGAAAUCUUUGUAGUGAAAGUGUAUUGGCCCCAAACUUGUGUAGUUUCCACAAGCUUAUGUCCCAAUAUGCAGUGUGCUGUAUCAAAUAGGACAUUAAUGGGUUCUGCUGGGGGCACCGAUCAUGCACACCUCCUGCUGUAUUAUGUCUGCUGAUGUCUCAUGUUUAGAUAUUGUGCAGUGCUGCAUGAAUCAAAACCUCAUUACAGAGGUUCAUCUGUCCUUGUCCAGAAGAUAUUUUGGAACAGCGUUGAAUGCAAUGCAAGGAUGUUUCUAAUUGUACUGAAUGCAAGAUGACAAAAAAUUAAUAAGUAUACAUGUCUUAACACGUGCUUGUCAGUGCUUCAGUUUUACUCUCUUAAAACUUGGAACA